UUCUACGAAGAUACUGAUUAUUUCGAAAUCCAAGAUAUUGGUCGCAUCGCUUCCAAUUAUUAUAUAACAUACAAAAGCAUGGAGAUCUUUAAUGAUAAACUGAAAGUACAAAAUAAAGAAGCCAAUAUUCUAUCUAUAAUAAGUCAAAGCAGCGAAUUUGCAGAUUUGAAAUCAAGAGAGGAGGAGGCUAAAGAACUUGAAAGGCUUAAGGAAAAUGCUUGUCCUUGUCAAAUUAAGCAAACUACCGAUGAUACUGCUGGAAAAGUCAAUAUUCUAUUACAAUCAUACCUAUCAAAUGCUAAUAUUGACGAUUUUGCCUUAAUAUCUGAUUCGGCAUUUGUAGUGCAGAAUACAAGUCGCAUAGUCCGAGCUUUAUUUGAAAUUGCUUUGAAUCGUAAUUGGGCUCAG